AUCUUCAUCUUCAUCUAUCGAGUACCGACAAACUCAGCUCGACACGACACAUCUACCUUUUCAGCAUUCGAGUCGCAUCAUUUCCGCUGCUGUAUAUAUAUACCCACUCUCGCACUACGACCACGCUCGACGUUCGUUUCAAACAGUCACUCGCGCCCGUCGAACCUGAACUGAAAUCUCGACAAUAUCAAUAACAUCUAUCAUACACCCACGAGCGCACUUACGAGCACAUUCACGAACGAGCGAACCGAACCGAAGUAAAACAUCACAACGAUGCGCCUCCUCGAUCCAUCGACGCUAGGGGCAGCUGCGCUCCUCCUUUUAUCUUCGCUACCCAACGGUCCCAACGGUGCAGAAGCAGCAAAGUCGGGGAAAGCUAAGGAUGCGGUUUUGCUUUCUAAUAUCCGCACCCUAACCUUCUCCUCCAACCAUCUAACAACCGGCCGCCGCCUCCCCCCCAUCCCCCAACUCUCCUGCACCUCCCCUCCCACCCUCUGCCGCCUCGCCGCCCCGCACAUCACCAUCAUGCGCUGCGUCAACCAAGGCCCCCGCUACAGCAAAGAAGACAUCCAAUGGUCCUGCACCGUCCCCUCCCUGCCCACCACUCUGCAGCUUGGGUCGACGGAUGUGAUUUGCGAGGGGUACGAUAGUCCGGAUGACGAGUAUGUGCUCAAGGGGAGUUGUGGGGUUGAGUAUACUUUGACAUUAACGGAGGAGGGACGGAGGAGGUAUGGGGAUGGGUAUGGAGACGGGGGAUGGGACGGGGAGGGAGAAAAUCCCGGGUGGCCGGGGUACCUGUUUGGGAUUUUGUUUGUGGGGGUUUUGGGGUGGAUUGUGUAUAGUGCUUGUGUGCAGGCUGGUGCUAAUCGUCGGGGAGGUAAUGGUGUUGGGGGUGAUGGACAAAGAAGGGGAUGGGGAGGAGGAGGUGGUGGUGGUGGUGGAGGGCCUGGGUUCGGAGGAGGACCAGGCGAGGGACCGGGUGGUGAUUGGGAUGAUCCGCCGCCGCCGUAUCCUGGAUCAGGAUAUGGUAAUAAGCCGAGUGGAAGCCAGCAACAACCGGGACAGCAACAGCAACAGCAGCAGCAGCAAGGAUGGAGACCGGGGUUCUGGUCGGGAGUAGCGGGUGGUGCGGCGGCUGGGUAUCUGGCUGGCCAGAGGGGGAGGACCGGGAGGGAGGAUAAUAAUAACCGCAACAACAACAAUAGGGGGUAUAACUAUGGGAGCACAUGGGGUUCGCCGUCGUCGUCGUCGGGGUCGAGGAACAGGAGUUGGGGAUCGUCUUCAUCACCGAGCUAUUCUGGUGAUAACGGCGGCAGUUCGGGGGCAACUCACGAAAGCACCGGGUUUGGGUCGACGAGUCGCCGGUAAAUAUAUAAUAGGGCUUGGUUGGACGAAACGAUGAUACUGUAUAUACAUGUACAGACGCAGCAAACAAGGAAAUACGACGCAAGAAGGGUAUUUAUCGGCAUACAGUUGCGCGAGCGUAUAAUGAUUCUUUGGAAUUAUACAAAGGCUUGCUCUGA